AUGCCGUCUACAUUUACAUUUCCACUUACUCCUCCCGAAACAAAUACAGAAGUUAAGAACCCCUCAGUUUCACUUCAUGAUCACCUUGCUGGCCUCGACUACAGACCAGAACGCCAUCCGACGACGAGUGGAAACACUGAAUCUCCUGGGACCCGCUUUCGAAGGGUUUCAUCAAUUGCAUACCAUAAUAGCUCAGGUCUUCGUGAAACCAGAGGGCCGAAUCAUGGACACCCCAAAUCAUUCAUUGUCGUCAUCCCCCCUGCGAUGAUAACACGGGAGCGUGGCCACCUCGGUCACACCCUUUCCACCGGGCCCGACCAUCGUCUCUCUCAAGGUAUCCUAAUGCCACUUUUCCCAACACUAUAUGGUCAACUCACUGCAAUCGCUCGAGAGUUCAACUUCCCAAGUACUGCCGGCUUAUGUCUCUAUUUUCAGUAUACUGAAAACGGAAUCACGACGACCCCUCGCAUUUUGGAUGAAUCAUGGCAAUCAUUCUGGGGCUACUUGUCCGAUGGACCAACCCCUUCCUCCGAACGUCGACCUCCGAUAGCCGGACGGGUGGAAUUUGACAUCGAUUUUCAGCACGCUCGGUGGUAUGCAACAUGGAUAACGUCCCGUCAGCGCGAACUACGAGAUCAAUCCGUUCACCACAUUCCGUCUUCAUCACAGUCACUGGUUCAUUAUCCUGGCGAGAGCAGGACCACUGUAGCAGAUUUUCGUAUCUUACAAGACUAUGCAGCUGAAAAGACACCUCCGCAGCAGCCCAUCGCUCCGAUUACCCGUCAUAUCCCAAAGAAGUUAUCACUUGUAGAAAGGUUCGAUGUAUUGUCGGCACGGUCGGAUUCGAAGGCAACUCGUUCCGAUUUGUCACCACCAGAUGAGCUGCCGAUUACCUCACGCGUUCUCUCCCCAAUCUUCCAACAAGAAGAACCCAAAUCUGCGAUGCACGAUUUGCAUACGCGGGUGAAAUCAUGGCGCGCAAGUGCCUUACCAAGCCCACGGCCCCUGCCGAAGACGGGACAUACCAGUCUCGAACCCGAGAACUUACCCAAUAAUAUUUCGAUCCCAGGGUCGUCAACUCCCUCGCCCACCGAGCUUAAGCUGGAAGAUUAUUCUUGGUCUAUAACGUCCGCUGGUCCUGAUUGUUGUGCUUCUGAAAUCUCAAGUUUGUCCAGUCGUGUUCCUUCGGUGCACAUAACAGGUCGGCUGGAGGGGUCAGUUGCUUUGACACCUUCAACAUGUACCUCAUUUGGCCCUUCGGACGACACCGCUUCCUCCCUUCUCCUGUCUUUUCAUUUGCCAUCCCCAGAUCUAGGCCAUCGAAUGCGUGAGGAUGCCACUCCUUCAACUUCCUCGAAUAUGAUAUCCUGGGGCCCUCUGUCACCGAGUUCACCCCUUCACGAGGCUCAUAGCCCAAAUCCCUCUCUUGAUUUGGGCGAAAGAUCGCUAUUUAGUCGUCCUGCCACUCCUUCAACCGGCACGAGUUGGGGACCGUCGUCGCCAUCCCAGUCCAUUGCGCCUUCAAGUGUUUUUGGACCGUCAUCUGUUCACCUGGGUGAUCGCGGGGAGUUCAGUCGUCCCAUCAGUCCAGUGACGGCGACGUCUUGGGGCGUGCCUUCAUACCCUCCCAGCCCUGUCACACCAUAUCGUAUACACACUCCCGAUGCAGGACAUCGGGGGUUCGAGGAUGCCGAAGACUAUGUAAAUUUUACGUCGAAGAUAAGCCCGUGGCGACAUGUGUGGCCGUAUCAGAGGAAUGAGAUCCAUGGCUAUCCUCAUUUUAGCUUAUAUCCUGUAGCCAAUGCCUCCACGCGAGCUUUCGUUUCACAGAAUGCGACUGCGUAUCCCAAUUUUGAACUUUAUCCCGCUGUUUACCCUUACCAUCUGGAUGAAAUAUAUCCGGUUAUGAGCCUUGGGGUAUAUGAUAGCGAAGGUUCCCAACGGGCAGACCAGUCACAGGUCCUUCAAUGUCCCGAGGGCUUGCAGUUGACAGAAUAUUCGACAUUCAAUUCUGAGAAUCUAUGUGACCCAGUUGUCUGUUAUCCGACCUUUCAUCUCUACCCCCCAGUUUACCCUUAUUUUGAUUUGUAUUCUGGUCUCGGUGGUCUGAAUGAAUGCGAAGCUGUGGCCGAGGUCAAGCCUGGGUUACCUCCGUCAAUCCGCCAUGAAACUGCGCACUAUCCGGUGUUUGACCUCUUCUACCCAAACCUUAAUCUGUAUCCCGCCGUCUUGGAGAAGAAUUUGAUCAGCGGCUCCACAACGCUGACCACGUUUGGCCGUUUUUCUCCAGACCCCGCUCUCUACCCACACUUCGAACUUUACUCCCUCAGAUAUCCUGACCCAUAUCCACCGCAACGCGGAUCAGAGCCGCAAAAAAACGCUGACAGUGUGCCCCGACUGGCCGGGUCCGGCGAAUACCCAGUGCUCGACAUCUGCAAGUUAUCCCGCUGA